GCCGCAACUCGCACCAAGAGUUUGUCAGGAGCGCGGCUGGAAACUGGGGGGAAAAACACCAAAAAAAGAGAGCAGGGAUGAGKAUCUCAGAUAAACCUUUUGGAGACUGUUACUGGAGACCAUUUCCCUGCCUUCAUUAAAACAUGUGCURUAGAGCUGUGAAACGUGGCGUUUAUUUUUGCUAACAGAAGAUACUUUCAAUACUGUUCUGUCUUUCUCCUACAAGAGUUCAUACCAGUCUUACUGGAAGCCUGCAGACAUUGCGCUCCCUGUGCUGCCCUGGGACUGUUGAUGUCCUCAGCUGUUGUAGGAGAAACACUAGACCUGGAACCCAGUUUGUUACUGGACUUGUGGAAGCGGAAACACAAAGAUUUCCAAAUGAAUAACCGAAAGGAAGAUAUGGAGAUUGCGUCCCACUACCGUCACCUGCUCCGGGAGCUCAACGAGCAGAGGCAGCACGGCAUYCUCUGUGACGUUUGCAUUAUAGUGGAGGGCAAGAUCUUCAAGGCUCACAAAAACGUGCUGCUCGGGAGCAGUCGCUACUUCAAAACGUUGUACUGCCAGGUGCAGAAAACGUCCGACCAGGCCACAGUCACCCACUUGGACAUUGUCACCGCGCAGGGCUUCAAAGCCAUCAUUGACUUCAUGUACUCGGCGCACCUAGCGCUGACCAGCAGRAACGUCAUCGAGGUGAUGUCCGCUGCCAGCUACCUGCAGAUGACAGAUAUUGUGCAAGCCUGUCACAAUUUCAUAAAAGCGGCUCUCGAUAUCAGUAUAAAGUCCGAUGCCUCGGAUGACCUUGUUGAUUAUGAACUCGGAGCUCCUUCCAGYAGCAGCACGGAUGCUUUGAUCUCGGCAGUUGUGGCUGGAAGGAGUAUAUCCCCCUGGCUCGCGCGGCGGACGAGUCCGGCCAACUCUUCCGGAGACUCUGCCAUUGCCAGCUGCCACGAAGGAGGAAGCAGCUAUGGAAAAGAGGAUCCGGAACCAAAAACAGACAGCCACGAGGACGUUUCCUCCCAGUCCCUUUGGUCUAGUGACAUGGGCUAUGGGUCUUUACGUAUCAAAGAGGAGCAGGUUUCGCCGUCGCAUUACGGAGGGAGCGAGUUGCAUUCUGCCAAGGAUGGUGCAAUGCCGAACACGUUCUCGGAGCAGGGUGUCGGGGAUGGCUGGCAGCCCACGGGGCGCAGGAAGAACAGGAAAAAUAAAGAAACGGUGCGUCACAUCACGCAGCAGGUGGAGGAGGACAGCAGGGCGAGUUCUCCAAUGCCAUCUUUUCUACCUGCCUCAGGAUGGCCGUACAGCAGAGACACGAGUGCCGACGUGGCCGUGGCGGAGCCCAGCAGCUCGGACAGCCGCGGGGAGCGCGCGGAGCCCUACGGCGCCGGGGACGAGGCGCUGCUGGCCGGCGAAGCCUCCUACAUGACGCCGGAGAAGGAGGACGCGCUGCAGGCCGCCGCCGUCGCCAACCUGCGCGCCGCGCUCAUGAGUAAGAACAGUUUGCUGUCUCUGAAAGCUGACGUGCUGGGAGAGGAUAGUUCCCUGCUCUUUGAGUACUUGCCCAAAGGCACGCAUUCCUUAUCCCUCAACGAGUUCACGGUGAUCAGGAAGAAGUUCAAGUGCCCCUACUGCAGUUUCUCGGCCAUGCACCAGUGCAUCCUGAAGAGACACAUGCGAUCCCAUACUGGGGAGAGGCCGUAUCCGUGCGAAAUCUGCGGGAAGAAGUUCACGCGCCGCGAGCACAUGAAGCGGCACACGCUGGUCCACAGCAAAGACAAAAAAUACGUGUGCAAAGUCUGCAACCGCGUGUUCAUGUCGGCGGCCAGCGUGGGCAUCAAGCACGGCUCGCGGCGCCACGGCGUGUGCGCCGACUGCUCCGGCCGCGGCGUGGCCGGGCGCCUGGAUCCCAGCGGCGCCGAGGCCUCUCCCGACGAGCUCUAUCCCGCCGAGGGCCCCUACCUGGAAGACCCGGAUGACAUCAAAGUGGAAGGGGACGACGAGAUGGGAGAGGACGACGACAUCAAGUGGAAAGACGACGUGGGGAUAUCRCAAGACGACGUGAUUUUAGACGACGACAAAGACGUCGACUCUCCGCAGGAGCAGGAGAACUCUGGGGAGAACGACAAGGAUUUUACCUGGAUUUCUUAGGGAUUUUUUGUUCCGUUUCGUUUGGAUGUUUGUAGGGGAAAGGGAGGGCGGGGGAGGAAGGAGUCUGGUGGAAAAACUACGUAGCCUUGUUGUCGUCCAUGUGUGCAAAAUAAUUCCUGUGUUUUAUAAACAAGUCCGUAUCUGUUCCGCUCCGAUGCCGUACGAGUCRGCGUCGCCUCGGGCCGGUGCCCCGCGCGUCUCGGAGGCUCCUGUCACUUGGAGAUUCUGUUUUCGUGGAGGUUUUUCCCUCUUUGGGAGCGCUUUGCUGGGCUCCAGCAUCCCGGCCGCGGUGGAAGUGCAAACUAGUGUUGUGCAGACGAGGGUGUCAAGGGCUUCUGAGUCACGCCGGCCUUUUGCUAAAGAGCUAUUUAAAGAGAAGUUUUACUGUUUUGUAUGGUUUUUACGGAGCCAAAUAGAUCAAAAGGCAAGUCGGGCUUCAGCCUUACGAGUCCCUUCCAGAACA